AUGACAAUGCAUGAUGAUACUUAUGAUGAAGAUGAUAGUUUUGUUGAUGAUACAACAGAAAUAAUAGAUGAACAUCAUGGUGACGUUGAUUUAAAUGAACUUGCAAAUAUUCUUGGUACUCAAUCAGUUGUACAUCGUCAAAGUAAAGUAACAAGACGUGGAGUCAAAUUUGGACGAACAUUAGAAACAACAACACCAAAACGUAAACCACCACGUCGUGUUCAAAUUGCACAAAGUCCUAUAUAG